CGGAGGAGUCGCUGCUGCUUGCCACAAGGCUCCUGUGUGUAUACGAACAUGUGAGAGUAACAGACGGAAGAGUCAGACCGCAGCGAGCGAGCAACAGCAGCGAGACAGAAAAAGAGCUAGAGGGGCAGAACAGGCUGUCAGCUGUGUGCAGCUAGCUCGGCGCUGCACACUCAUAAAUCGAUGUCUAUACGUUUGUGUGUGCGCGCAAUGCAAAACAAAAGUGGGAAGUGACACUGCAGUUCUCUUUUUAGGUUAUUAUACUUCCACCAGAGAAGACUGAUCGCGUAAAACAAACAAAACAAUCUGUAAAUAACUUGAUUUCGAGCUGCAUUUAUUUUAUUUCAUGUUAUUUUUUUAUAGUUAGCAUUACAUUGAAUAUAACAUGAUGGAGCCUUGGAGGCAAUGUGCGUUGUGGCUUAUCAAUUGUAAGGUGCUGCCACCAAACCAUCGGGUUACAUGGGAGUCAGCCCAGGUAUUUGAUUUAGCUCAGACCCUAAGGGACGGGGUUCUGUUGUGCCAGCUUCUGAACAACCUGAGACCCCUAUCUAUCAAUCUGAAGGAGAUCAAUCUGAGACCGCAAAUGUCACAGUUCCUGUGUUUGAAAAAUAUAAGAACAUUCCUUUUAGCGUGCUGUGAAAUAUUUGGGAUGAGAAAAAGCGAAUUGUUUGAGGCCUUUGACUUGUUUGAUGUUCGAGAUUUCGCAAAGGUUAUUGAGACCCUAUCACGACUUUCUCACACAGUUAUAGCACAACAUACAGGAAUAAGGCCGUUUCCAACAGAAGAAAGUGUGGGUGACGAGGAUAUCUACAAAGGUCUUGAUGAGUUAAUCGAUGAAAAUGGAGUAGAAGAUGAGGAAGAUCUGUAUGACUGUGUUUAUGGAGAAGAUGAAGGAGGGGAGGUGUAUGAAGAUCUGAUGAAGGCUGAAGCUGCACCCCCGCCUAAACAGGCUGAAACUGACAUUCGCAGCUGCUGUCUUCAAGAAAUCAAACAGACAGAAGAGAAAUAUACUGAGACGCUGGAGUCGAUAGAGAGAUAUUUUCUGACUCCGCUGAGAAAAUUUGUAUCCGCCACAGAGAUUGAAAAAGUAUUUGUUAACAUUCCGGAACUUGUGAAAGUCCACAAAAGCCUAAAUCAAGAGAUCCAUGACUCCAUCUCAAACAAGAAUUCCCAGAACCUAUACCAGAUCUUUAUUAACUACAAAGAAAGAUUGCUCAUCUAUGGGAAGUAUUGCAGUCAUGUAGAAACAGCCAUAGUCGGCUUGGACGACAUCUGCAAAGAGAAAGAAGAUGUUCGGUUAAAACUUGAGGAAUGCUCAAAGAGGGCAAAUAAUGGGAAGUUUACUUUGCGAGACCUUCUGGUUGUCCCAAUGCAGAGAGUUCUUAAGUACCACCUACUUCUUCAGGAAUUAGUCAAACACACUCAUGAUCAAACUGACAAGAGUAAUUUACGAAAGGCCCUCGACGCCAUGAAGGACCUGGCUCAAUAUGUAAAUGAAGUAAAAAGAGACAAUGAAACACUGCGUGAGAUUUAUCAGUUUCAGUUAUCCAUUGAAAACCUGAAUCAGUCUCUUAGAAACUACGGAAGACCAAAAGUAGAUGGAGAAGUGCGAGUAGCUUCACUGGAUAAACGUGCAAAACAAGAUAGACAUAUCUUCUUGUUUGACAAAGCUGUGAUUGUUUGCAAAAGACGAGGCGAUAACUAUGAAAUGAAGGAGGUGAUUGAUUUACACAACUUUAAAAUCACCAACAACCCAACGACAGACAAGGAAAACAAAAAGUGGUCUUACGGAUUCUACCUCACUCACAUCCAGGGACAGAAUGGGUUUGAAUUCUUUUUUAAAACAAAAGAGCUGAAAAAAAAGUGGCUGGAACAGUUUGGAAUGGCAAUAUCUAACAUCACACCUGAACAUGCAAAUGAGAAUUCUCAUGAAUUUAAAAUGCAUACUUUUGAGCGGAUCACAUCUUGUAGUUCGUGCCACAUGCUUCUGAGAGGAAUAUUUUACCAAGGGUACUUGUGUUCUAAAUGUGGAUCUGGGGCCCAUAAAGAGUGCCUAGGCAGACUGGAAACCUGUGGAAAAACACACACAGAUUCGGGGACACUAGGAUCUGAGAAGAAACUCAAUGGACCCAGAAGACAGAGUAGGGCCAUGGAUCCAGGGUUACCAAAGAUGCAGGUUAUUCGAAACUACCUUGGGGUACCGACUCCCUUUGAAGGCCCCCCUCUGAACAUCCAGGUGGGGGAAAUCGUUGAGGUGAUCAGGGCUGAUGUCCACAGCUCAUGGUGGCAGGGUAGAAUUCUGACAACUAAAGAAGUUGGCUUCUUCCCAAGGGAUACAGUAAAGCCUUACUGUGUUCCAAAGCCAGUUGACUAUUCUACACAGCCAUGGUUUGCUGGACCAAUGGAAAGGUUACAAGCAGAAAUGGAACUCAUCAACCGAGGCAACAGCACAUACCUUGUGAGACACAGAACUAAAGAAUGCACUGAAUAUGCUGUUAGUAUUAAGUAUAACAACGAUGUGAAGCACAUCAAGAUUUUAACAAAGGAUGUGCUUUUCUACAUUGCAGAGAACAAGAAGUUCAAAAGUCUGUUAGAGCUAAUAGAAUACUACAAGCACCACUCCUUAAAGGAAGGGUUUCGGAGUCUAGACACAACUUUGCAGUUUCCAUACAAAGAACCAGAGAAUGCACUCAUGCAUAGGGGAAACAGAACAGGCAGUAACUCCCCAUUGCUAUGUGGGUUUUCUAUCGUCACUCCUCCAGGUUACAGCUUUGUCCCCCCUUCCUCUGCUCCUUUCUGGUCAGUGUUUAGUCCCAAAGUAAUUGGUAUUGCAAUAGCCCGGUAUGACUUCAGCCCCAGAGACAUGAGAGAGCUUUCAUUACUGGAAGGAGACAUAGUAAAAAUCUACACCAAAACGGGAGCGAACGGCUGGUGGAGAGGGGAGGCUAAUGGCAAGGUGGGGUGGUUUCCAUCUACGUAUGUCGAAGAGGAGGAAGAAUAAAUCAAUAAGUGAAUAAAGGAACUAGCUGGGUGACACUGUAUCAAAAUAUUACCGGGGGCUACCGUGAAUUGUGGACUUCUGCAGCCAUGUUGUAAAAAAAACCCACAACUCUACUGUCUGUCCAAAACCUUGCUAAUAGAAUGUUGGAAAUUCUCCACACAAACUUGUGUUGACAGAUUAAUGGCUUGCCUGCAGCUUUACAAGCAAGAGCCUGCCAGUCUGCUAUCAGUAGGGACCAGCUCAGAGGGAGAACCUCUCCCUCCCAGAGGAACUUCAAAAUAUAGACAGCUUUAUUCUUCUUGUCACUCUUCUUGCAAGUACACAUUGUCAGCUCGGCUGCUGGUAAAUAUUUAAAGACAUCUCCAUCCCCAGCUAAGGUUCUCCUUGAUGAGUCGCGGAAGUCCGGAGCUGUUUCGUUUUACCUUGCGUAUCGUUUCCCAUUCUGACCUUCCUGGUGUCCUACAGGAACUUACCUGCAUUAUUAUUGAUGACUUUAUCAGUGGCCAUCCUUCUCAAAGUGAAGGCUGUAAGAAUAUAGGCAUUCCAUCACAUCACCCCUUUCCACACAGAUUACAGUCACUAGCUUGCAAAUAAGAAUCAUGAUACGGUUACAGUGUAAAGGAUAAAGGAACAGAAAAAAAAAAAAAUCUGUGCUACACAGGAAUAAUUGAUUAAUCUUUGCAGUUCAAAUAAAAUGCAAAUUUUUGCAGUUGGCUUAUCUCAAUAUGCAUAUUGUUAGUUGUCACUCUUUGUUUCUUUGAUAUUCAGAUUACUAAUGUCAGUAAUAUGCUUCCUAUCUGAAAUACAAGCUUUUAAACAAAACUAAAGAAAGAGAAUACAGCUAAGGACAGUACCAGUAAAAUAUGUUAUGUGUUAUGUCUAUAGCUCAGUUUUAACUGAAACAUUAAUUAUGGAUUAUAGUU